CUUGGUGCAGCUUUCGCUCGUGGAAGAACAGAGCAAAGUGACAAGAAACAGCUGCGAGUUCAAGGAAUUGUCUACCUUGUUCUGAUCUCCUGCCAGUUCCAGCUUGUCAUGCCUGCUGUGAUGGGCGUCGCGUGCAGCGAGAUCAGCUGUGGGCCUGACAUGACACGGAUGGAGGCUGAGAACAACGGGAAGCCCCUGCUGGUCCGUGAGGAGUCAUCUCUUAAUAUCCCAGCUAUUGCUGCUGCCCACGUUAUUAAGAGAUACGUUGCCCAGGCACCGGGUGAACUCUCCUUGGAGGUGGGAGACCUCGUGUGCGUCAUCGAUAUGCCGCCUCAGGAGCUGAGCCCCCACUGGAGAGGCAAGCACGGCUUUCAGGUUGGAUUUUUCCCUGGGGAGUGUGUGGAGCUCAUUAACGGAAAAAUCCCAGAGUCUCUCAUCAAUUCAGUGCCAAAGCCAGUGCCAAAGAAGCGCGGCAGGCUCCUCACCUUCCUUCGUUCCGUGGUGAAGGCCCGCCCAAAGCAACGGAAAGAGCGGGAGGUGGAGAAGGAGAGGGUGUUCGGCCGUGACCUGGGAGAGCAUCUUCUCCACUCUGGUCAUGAUGGUAAGGGACAGCCCAUUCCUGAGAGCCUCCCUGUUUGGGAACCUAAAGAUGAAAGGGAGAUGGUAUCUAGCAAGGGGCAGGUUGAUACCAGUGGAGAAACGGGGAAUGGGAGUUGA